AUGAUAGUAGUGCGUCAAGACGCGGCUCCUCCCGAGGGAAGGGUCAUGGCUAUGACUGUAUCCUUGCUGUCGGCGAGUGUGUUGAGUUUGUUUUUCACGCAGAGAAUCUUGGCGAUUCGAUCCUGGGCCCGGCUUCCCAUUGUCGUGUGGUUGGUGUUUGCCAUCUAUGCCGACUCGUAUGUUUUUGUGUUUGCCACUGCGAUCCUGCAGCAUGCCUUGGGCGUCAGCCUGAGCAUAAAGACUUGUGACGCUGCGAUUCUUCUCUGUCUCGCAUGCUACGUGACCACCAAGUUUGUGUAUCUGUUUCUGGUCGAAAAAGCGCACAUUGUCCGCAGUACUCGGAAGAGAAGAAGCCGUUCCAAGCUGUACAUUUUCAACUCGUUGGGAAUGCUGGGCGUAUAUGCGGCCGUGGUAAUACUCAACUUUGUCUUCCGCAUAGCUAGAUUCCAGGACGGGCAGUGCAUCAUUGGCAUGAAGAGCUUGGCCAUGAUUCCGCUUAUAUCCUUUGAUGCAGUGGUAAAUGUGUACCUGACCAUGCUUUUCCUCAUCCCUCUGCGCAACCUAUAUUCCUAUAGAAACAUGCCGCACAGCCCGGCGAACACGAGGCUUCGAACUGUUGCGUUUCGAACCUUUUGCGGUUCUGUUUGCGCGCUUCUGAGCAGUAUAACUAACCUGUCUGUGCUCGUGUCGCUGGACGGAGAACCAGGCUGGAUAUGCCUGAUGAGCUGCAACUGCGACGUCUUGUUCUCUGCCAUUGUCAUCCAAUGGGUCACGUCCAAAGACAAUGCCGGUACGCGGAGCUCCUCACCGUUGAACAUCUGCCUCGACCAAAGGGGGCGGCAUCUCGGGCCAGGAUCGUGCCUGGGAUCCUUGGCGCCGUCCACGCCCGACAGCUCGCUCGCCACUGCCCAGGAAUGCGCCCAGGGCAACCUGUAUUUUCAAGGCAGGGCGAAAGGUCAGGAUGCUCGUGAAGCUGAGGAGGGGCGCGUCGUCAACCUUGCAGGCGAGCACGAGAUGUAG